CGUACAAUAACAUUGCGCCGCGUGAACCGAGAGGAACCCGGGUUGGAGAAGAAACGCAGAUUUGGCCGUACGAUUCUUACGCUUUUCACCGGAUCAGUUGCCACUGACUCUUGCGGUGAAGCAGCAGAAGUGUUUGGGCAAAGUUACAACGAACGGCGCAAGUACGGGCGACCAAAGCAGCAACAUGAAACCGAACGUAGUGGCGGAUGAAAUGUUUCCGGAAGGUCCCGGCCCUUUCAUGGACCUGGAAGAGGCCGGGGGAUCCACAGGGUUGCUGAUGGAUUUGGCUGCCAACGAGAAGGACGUUCAUGCCGACUUUUUCAACGAUUUUGAAGAUCUCUUCGACGAAGAUGAGGAUGCACAGGUGUAACGUAGGGGCGUUCCUUAGUAAUCGUUACAUUGAAGACUAAAACGAAAAUAAACAAGAUCUGGUGAAUGUA